AUGCCAAAUAGAAAAAACGUGCGUGAUCUGAGCAAGCUUUCUGGCAUACCGCUCAAGGAGACCACCAUCUCGAGCCACGCGAGUUUUCAGAUCGACGGCACCAAUGACUGGCUUACAUCCGCGGAUCUCAAGGAAGAAGGCCUGACCUUCUCGGAGGAGAAUUUCUAUGAAACUGCCGUUUUCCUCAUGGCCAAUCCGAAUAUCACGUCCAGUCACUUGUUCCGCGCAGACAUUCUAUUCGAUAGCCAGGGAUUGCUUCGAACGCCAGAGCAGGAUGAAGAGCUUGCUGGCACUGGUAUAUCUGCCGAGCAAGUAGGGGAAUCCGCACAGACUCAGGUCGAGGCGAAACCUGCGCCAGCAGUCGCAGGCUUUGACUUGAUCAGGACCGUGGUGCGAAGAUUGAUCCCUCGAAACCAGGAGAUUGACAAGCCUCUUGAACAAACGUGCCAUUUCUACCGGUCGAUUGAGUCAAUAGUCGCUGCUGAGAACGAAGCUCAGUCAGAUACUGCGCAGUGCCAACCACGGCAGCGGCAACGGGUGUUGACCAUGUUUCUUCCGCAUGUCGAAUCUCCAGAGCAGGUUCCAUUCUACCACCCGCUUCUGAAAGGCCUUGCCACUUUAUAUGAUUGUGAAGAUCUGCCUAAUGGAGGCAAUUCUAGUGGCAUCAUGUCUGUACAUUUCCUGCCAUUUACUCAGGACUUCCCUGAUCGGUUGGAGCGCACAUUGCACACCCUCCUCAAUUUCUAUGUACGCCUCACGCGAGGUGGUCAACAAAAGCCGUCUCCAGAGAGAUCGAGUCAAGCAAACUCCACCAAGGACAAUCUGGUGCCGCGUCACUUGACCCAGAACACCUACGCGCGCUUGAAGAGCCUUUACGCGGCGGACCUCAUGCAGAGAUGGGUCGAAAGUACCGAGCCCAGCAAGCACGUCUACGAGGAUUUGGCCAUCACUGCAUUUCUCAUUGAGCUGUGGCGCUUGAUGUACGGCGUCGAACCGAUCAACGAGGGCUCGCAGGGCUCAGGCAUGCGUGCCCAGUUUCCUGGAUUCGUAGAUAUGGCCUGCGGAAACGGCGUAUUAGUCUAUGUGCUUCUGAUGGAGGGUUAUUCGGGCUGCGGGUUCGAUGCACGCGCGCGCAAGUCCUGGAGCAUUUAUCCACCGUGGGUGCAAGAACGACUCUCGGAAAAGAUUCUGCUUCCAAAACCAUUUGCAGAUGUAAUGGGUCAUCCCGAUCUUGGAAUGGAAAUCACGACUGGCGACUUUGCGCGUGACACCUUUAUCAUUUCGAACCAUGCCGACGAGCUGACCGUGUGGACCCCACUCAUCGCCGCCCUGGCCUGUCCAGAAUCUCCUCUUCCCUUUCUGGCCAUUCCGUGCUGUUCGCAUGCACUGUCGGGGGCCCGAUAUCGCUACCCGCAACCCAAAGGCUCGAAGCCGAAAGCUUCGACGGGACCUUCGGUAAGCGCAGACACGGCGGACAACGACCAGAACCCUCAGUCUGCAUCGGGGGAUUUAAAUGCAUUGCGUGCUGCUAAACAAGCCGAGAAGACUGAACAGGGUAUGUGGACCUCCAUGUACGGCCUUCUCACGGCCAAGACCAUGUCUGUCGCCGAAGAGGCUGGCUAUGAGGUGGAAAGGACGCUGUUGCGUAUCCCCAGCACCAGAAAUAUCGGGAUUGUUGGAGGUCGACGAGCUGUGACCGCGAAGUGGAGACAGCAUGAUACCUCCGGCAUUGUCGGAAAUGCUGAUGUGCCAGGGGGCCGAGCAGGAUGCGCUUCGACCGUUGAACAAGCUAUUGCGGAAACCAUUGACCGAGAAUGUUCCCGAGAGGGUGGACUUGGGGUUGCGGCGCAAACUUGGAUUGAGCGCGCGCGGGGUCUCCGCAAAGACACUGGAAAAUCUAUCCAUCACGAUAUCCCAACUUGA